CCCUUCAACACCACUCAUGGGCAUCCCCACACUUCAACAGCACCACUUCACCGCCCACACGCAAUAACAGCAACCACACCAAAAAAACAUAUCCCAAAGGCCCAGAAUUUUUUAGCCAGAGGAUCGGAUGUCAGAGUUCCUCGCUGAGCUCCAAUUGACAAUAUGACGUCUUUUAUCUCCUCGCGGCCGCGGGCACGGCCAGCGCACACACAGGGGACCACACGUUGCGCAUACACUCCUGACGGUACCAGGCUGGUCACGGUUGGCUCCAAUAACCUCAUCCGUCUCUACAAGACGGGCUUUGACGGCGAGCCCGACAAUAUCGACGACUGCCAGGAACAGAACCUGGCUGUGUCCGCGGGCAACACCUUCUUCGUCGCCGGAGCCGAAGAUGGCACCGUCAGCUAUUACACGCUCGCCGCCACCCCGUUUGCAACCAGCAUGUUCGACAAGUUCCUGCUCCGCACCUCUCUGCCCGUCCGCGAUGUCGCCAUCUCGCCCGAUAACAAGUGGUGCGCCGUGGCUAGCGAUGAGCUGACCGUCAAGCUGGUCGGCAUUCAAGACAACACCCAGCUGCUCACCUUGAAGGAGCACGGCAAGCCGACCAAGCAUCUCUCGUUCGACCCCAAGGGUAGCAUGUUGGCCCUGUCAUGUACCGACGGAGUCGUCUACGUCUACUCCCUGACGGCCGACCACCCCGAGCUCAUGCGCAAGGUAGACGGCGUCAUUGGCCGGAUGGAAACCGAAUCAGAGGCCUCGUGCAAGGUGGCAUGGCAUCCCGACGGGCGGGCAUUCGCUGUGCCGACUCCAACGAGGGAGGUUCAGGUCGUAUCCAAGAACGACUGGGAGAAGCAGCGCGCCUUUUCCAAGGGACAUGACGGGGACAUCACUGCCGUGGCCUGGUCUCCGAACGGCGCCCUCCUCGCCACAGCCGGCAAGGAUAAAAAGCUGCUGAUUUGGUCUACCAAGGACCAGACCGUUCUUGCGCGAUACGAGUACCCGAAUGUGGUUGAUAUCGCUUGGCAUCCGACCAAGAACUUGGCCUCCUUCACCACGUCGGACGGUGAAGUCUUCAUCUGCGACGAGUUCGUCUCCGAACAGUUCGUCUCCUUGCUCAGGCUACCUCGACAGCCUGCCCCUUUCAUCCAUGACCCUCUCGCGGAUAUUGGCGCCAACAACAGGAGGCCGGAGUCGAAUGGUGCGGCCCUGCCAUCACGCCCUCGGAGGGGUUCCCUGGAUAGCUUGGAUGACCUGCUGGAUGAUGAUAAUUUUGGGGAUGAGAAUGACGGCUUUGCGGGUGACGAUGAUGGUUUCGUGGUUGACGACGAUGGGGCGGGUUACACGCUCAAUGCCUCCCGAAAACGUUCAGCUGAUGAUGACCCUCUCGGGCAGCGUCCCAACAAGCGCGGAAACUUCGUCCAACCACAACUUCACCGGGCUUUCCAGCCUGGCGCAACCCCCUGGCGUGGAAACCGGAAGUACCUGUGUUUGAACCUGAUCGGCUUCAUAUGGACGGUGGAUCAAGACUCCCAUCACACGGUUACGGUAGAGUUUUACGACCACGAAUUCCACCGAGACUUCCACUUUACCGACACUUUCCUCUACGACCAGGCCUGCCUGAACGACAAGGGCGCGCUCUUCUCAUGCCCACCCAAGGAUGACGCUCCGGCUGUGCUCUUCUAUCGCCCACACGAAACCUGGACGCAGCGGACCGACUGGCGCAUCCAGCUGCCCAAGGGAGAGGCAGUCCUGGCCAUGUCGCUCAGCGACAGGUUCAUUACCGUCACGACAACUGGGAAUUAUGUAAGGAUAUACACGCUGUUUGGCAUUCCCUAUCGGGUGUACCGCCCCAAGAGCACGCCCGCCGUCUCCUGUGCGAGCUGGGGGGAUUAUGUCCUGACCAUGGGCAACGGCCCUGUCGGCGCGGACGGCAUGUGCCGGCUGCUGUACACCAUCGAGAACAUCAAGCGGGACGAGAUCUGCCAGAACGAGGACACGGUUGCACUCCCUGAAGGAGCGACCGUCAAAAACGUCUUCUUCUCUGACAGCGGCGACCCCUGCAUCUACGACUCAACAGGCACGCUCCUGACCCUCCUCCACUGGCGCGAGCCAUCCCGCGCCUGUUGGAUCCCGCUCCUCGACACCAAGCUCCUCCCACGACUCGCCUCGGGCCGCAAAAACGAAACCUACUUCCCCAUCGCCGUCGCCGACAACAAGUUCCACUGCAUCAUCCUCAAAGGCGGCGACCAAUACCCCUAUUUCCCACGCCCCCUCCUCUCCGAGUUCGACUUCUCCAUCCCCCUUGCCUCAGCCCCCCCAACCAAGAAGCAAAAGAAGGCCAAGCCCCCCAAAAAGAAACCCACCAACCCCGGCGGCGGCGGCGACGACCUCGACGAGGACAUGCUCUCGGCCGACGAAGCCCCCUCCUCCCCAGAAGCCCCCUCCGACAACGACGACAACGACGACGACGACCCCUCCACCGGGGACGCCGAAACCCUGGCCCUCACGCAAACCUACCUCCAGAAAUCAAUCCACACCGCCCAACUAUCCGACCAGGUCGCCUCAUCAUCCUCCUCCUCCACGGCGUCGCAGCGCGCGCGGCUCGCGCGGCUGCAGCUGGACGUCGACAAGGCGCUGCUGCAGAUGCUGGCGGUGGAGUGCCGCGAGGGCGGCGAGGACCGCGGCAUGCGCGCGCUCGAGAUGGUGCAGCUCAUGCGCGAUCGCUCGGGCCGCAUGCUGGAGGCGGCGGGCAAGGUGGCGGAGCGGUACGGGCGGGCGGUGCUGGGGGGGAAGAUUCGGGAGUUGGGGGAGUUGGGUGGGGAUGAUGGGGAGGAGGAUGGGGAUGGGGAUGGGUUUGACUGA